UCUUCUUUCCCAACCUUAUCUGCUGCCUUCCACCACAACCAGUUUCCUACAAUCUGUCAGGCUGCAAAUUGUAGGGACUUAAGCAUAAUAAAGGCUCAAUCUGAGCAUUAGGCUGUUAAUUCAAUAGAUUAGUAAAAACGAUGUUGUUUUGGGUUUACUUAAGCACUAGCAAACGAUGUCGUUUCAUUUAAUGAGUCCAUUAGUUAGGUAAUUCGGUUGUUAACCAUCUGACACAAGUUGUUAGGAUUGGUUAUAUAAGCGGGGCCCACAUGAUUGAAGAAUAACAGAAAUAUACGUUCAUUGGUUCCAUUCUCUCUCUUCUGAAUCUUCUUUCUUUCUUUUCUCUCUAUCUUCAAUCCCCUGCUUCUUCUCCAAUUCUUCUGAACUCUACCUGUUCAUCCAAGUUCAAUCAAUAAAAUUCCAAAAACAACCUUGAGUUCGUGACAAAGUGGCAUCAGAGCAGUAGAUCCUUGGAAUUUACAACACAAUCAUGGCAGAAAGCACAAGAUUCCGCACCAUCGAAGAGCAAGUCAGGAAACAAGAAAUCAAGCUACAAGAAUUGGUAGAAUCCCUACAUACUUCCAAAUCUGAACACCAGCAAAUCAAGAAAGACUUGAAGAUGGAGCUUGAAGAAAACAACAGGCGGAUGGAAGGCCUGUUAUCAGGAAUGGAGCAGAACUUCACUCGGAUGCUUGAGCAAAAAUUCAGUGAUCUGCUACUAAAGAUGAAUUCUGGCAAGGAGCAAGCAACCGAGGGGAGUGGCAGAAUGAUCGACCAGCCGCCAAUUCUACCAACUCCACCAGCUCAUCAGAGGUUAACCAUAGACUGCGAGGCUCAGAGAUCCUUCAGGAAGGAUUGGAGUAAGUUUCAAAUUCCAAAUCCUCCUAAGAUUGAUUUACAGAUGUUUGCUGGAGAAAAUCCUAGGGAAUGGUUACGUAAAUGCAACAAAUAUUUUUUGAACUAUUAAGUUCCAGAAGAACAUAAAGUGGAUGUAAUUGAAAUGUAUUUGGAAGGCAGGGCUGAUAAAUGGUUCCAGGGAGUAAAAAUUGAGAAACCUAUGCUAAGUUGGGAAGAAUUUGUGGAUCUGCUAUGUCGCAGGUUUAAUGAUAGGACUUGUCGAGAUAUAGUGGAAGAAUUCAAUAAGCUACAGCAGAUAGGUAAUGUUGAAGAAUAUCAGGAGAAAUUUGAGGAGUUAAAGGCAUUGAUGAUGAUGACGAAUCGAAAUAUGGAUGAGACCUAUUUCAUUUCUAGUUUCAUAAGUGGACUGAAGGAAGAGAUCAAACCUAUGAUCAAGAUGUUGAAACCUGCUACCCUGGCUGAAGCAUUUGAACUGUCUCAGUGGCAAGAGUAUUCAUUGAAAUUGCAGAAUAAGAGUUCUAAAGAGAAUGUCAAGCCACUAGGAGAAAACAGGCUUGGAUUGUCAAGAAACACUACUACAGCAUUGGGGGUUAACUCAUAUAGGAUUCCACUCCACAGCAACCCCAAACAUCCUAAAUUGGCCAAUUGGCAAGAAGGCACUAAGGAUCCUAGGAGGCUUUCUGCACAGGAAAUGCAGUAUAGGAGGAACAAUGGACUGUGUUUCAAAUGUGGAGAGAAAUAUGGGGUUGGCCAUCAGUGCAAGGUUGGCCAUACGAACUGCAUGAUGUUAGAAGAAGAGGAGGAAACUGCAUUUGAAGAUGCUCUGGGAGAACAGGACGAACAUACUGGGAAUCCUGGUCAAACCAUGGAAAUGUCCUUGCAUGCAUUAUCGGAGGCCUUAAAGAGGAAGACAAUCACACUCACAGGAGUCUUAGAUGGAGAAGAGGUGCUCAUCUUAGUAGAUACUGGAAGUUCUGACAGCUAUAUCAGCAGUGAACUGGUUAUUGGAAUGGAUGUCAAGUACCAGUGGAUGGAUCAACCUUUCUCUGUCAUCAUGGGAAAUGGGACUUCUGUUACCAGCAAUGCUGUCUGUCUUGGUGUACAGUGGAGCAUUAACCAACACAAUUUCAAAUUCAACCUCAAAGUGAUGGAACUAGGAGGGUGGGAUAUAAUACUAGGAGUGGACUGGAUGACACACUUCAGUCCCAUCACAUUUGACUUUCAGCAGCUCAAGAUAUCAUUGCAUCAUGAAGGAGGGGAGAUUCACCUACACGGGCAAGCAGACAAUUGUGACAUGGACCUGAUCAGGGGCAAGGACUUGAGGACAUUCAUUGAAUACAAAAAGCAGAUGUGCAUGGCCAUGACUUCUCAACAGCAGGAGGGAAGCAAACUGGAGUCCACCCCACAGGAAGUACAGGAGCUACUGCAGGAGUAUGAAGAUAUAUUCCAGACUCCCAGUUCAUUACCCCCUAGCAGAAGUGUAGACCAUGAGAUACCCCUUAAACCAAACGCUCAACCAUUCAAACUCAAACCUUACAGGUAUCCUCACUGCCACAAAGAGGAAAUAAAGAGGCAGGUGACUGAAAUGCUGCAGAAAGGCAUUGUAAAACACAGUAACAGUCCCUUUGCCUCUCCUGUGUUACUGGUCAAGAAGAAAGAAGGAACUUGGAGGUUCUGUGUGGACUAUAGGAAGCUGAAUGAACUCACUAUCAAGGACAAAUUUCCAAUACCCAAUGUAGAUGAAUUGCUGGAUGAAUUGGCAGGAGCUGUGUUCAAAACCAAGCUAGAUUUGACUGCAGGUUACCAUCAGAUCAAAGUCAAACCUCAGGACACCUACAAGACAGCUUUCCAGACGCAUUGUGGACAUUUUGAGUUCCUGGUUAUGCCAUUUGGCCUCACAAAUGCCCCUGCAACCUUCCAAUCAUUGAUGAACCAAGUAUUCCAGCCUUAUCUGAGAAAGUUUGUCCUAGUUUUCUUUGAUGACAUACUAAUAUAUAGCCCCACACUAGAGGACCACCUCCAGCACUUGAGAAUUGUUCUAAAUCUAUUGAAGGAUAACCAACUAUAUGUGAAGAAAUCCAAAUGUGAAUUUGCUCAGAAAAGAAUAGACUACUUGGGACAUACCAUCACUGACAAGGGAGUUAAAAUGGAUGACUCCAAGGUUAAUAGCAUCUUGCAAUGGCCUGUACCACAAACUGUUAAGGAGUUAAGGGGGUUCCUGGGUCUAACUGGCAACUGCAGAAGGUUUGUAAAGCAUUUUGGAUUGGUGUGCAAGCCCUUGACUGAACUACUCAGAAAAGACAGCUUCAAAUGGAAUUCACAGGCACAGGCAGCCUUUGAACACUUGAAAAGGCUGAUGUGUUCAGCCCUAGUCCUUAGUUUACCAGAUUUUAAAAAGGCAUUUGUGGUUGAAACAGACGCCAGUGGGGGAGGUAUUGGGGGGCAGUCUUGAUGCAGGAAGGGCACCCCAUUGCUUUUUUGAGCAGAGCACUAUCAACCAAGAACUUUGGACUAUCAGUUUAUGAAAAGAAACUUCUUGCACUAGUAAUGACAGUCACGAAAUGGAGGCAUUAUUUGGUUGGGAGUCACUUCAUUAUCAGGAGAGAUCACUAAUCAUUGAAGUAUUUACUGGAUCAAAAACUGAAUACUGCUCUCCAGCAUAAGUGGAUGACAAAACUAAUAGGCUUGGACUAUGAGAUACAGUACAAAAAAUGGACUAAAAAUCAGGUUGCAGUUGCCUUAUCUAGAAGACAUGAAGCUGUUGCAGACCCUUUCCUCCACUCAUGCUUGGCUAUUACUGCAGUAAAACCUGUCUGGAUGGAAGAAUUGCAGAAAAGCUAUGAAAGGGAUGGUCACUGCCAAGACAUUAUAGCUCAGCUAAUACUGGAUCCCAAUACUCACACUGAUUAUGCUAUGGUGGAUGGAAUGCUGAGGUAUCAAGGAAAACUGUAUGUGGGGAGUGCCAAUAACAUCAGAAAUCAAAUUAUCGAAGUGUUUCAUGCUUCAGCAAUAGGGGGACAUUCUGGACAGAAAAGCUGCUGGCAGAAGGUUAAAUCAUUGUUUUAUUGGCCAGGAAUGAAACAGGAGGUAAUAACCUUCAUACGAAGCUGUGAUACAUGCCAAAGAAACAAAUCUGAGAAUGUGCUUUACCCUGGUCUGCUGCAACCAAUUCCAGUUCCCACCCAGGCAUGGACCCACAUUGCCAUGGAUUUCAUUGAGAAACUACCUAAGUCACAGGGUUAUGAUACCAUACUAGUGGUGAUUGAUAGAUUCAUUAAGUUUGGUCACUUUAUUAAGCUCACUCAUCCUUUCACUGUCAAGGAGGUUGCACUAGCCUUUCUGGACAACAUAUACCGGAUGCAUGGAUUACCUGAAUCCAUCAUCACUGACAGAGACAAAAUCUUCACCAGUGAUUUCUGGAAGGAACUAUUUAAGGUAAUGGGGACAGAAUUACACUAUACAUCCUCUUACCACCCCCAGUCUGAUGGCCAGAGUGAAAGGCUCAACCAGUGUGUGGAGAACUAUUUGAGAUGCAUGACAGGGAAAAUGCCAUCCCAGUGGAGCAAAUGGCUAACUAUGGCUGAAUGGUGGUACAAUUCUACCUACCACUCCAGCCUCAAUAUGACACCAUUUGAAGCACUGUUUGGAUAUAAACCAAUGCCUAUACCAUUAGGGCCUUAUUUGGAUUCUGUCGUGCCUGCAGCCUCCAAUUUACUACAGGAAAGAAACAGGAUCUCCAAUUGCAUAAAGGACAACCUAGCCAAGGCUCAACAAAUGAUGAAAUACUUUGCUGAUCAACACAGGAGUGAGAGGGAAUUUUUAGUAGGGGAUUGGGUCUUUCUGAAGCUUCAACCAUAUAGGCAACAAACAGUGGCAGUAAGAAAGUGCCUCAAGCUGUCUGCCAAAUACUAUGGACCUUUCCAGGUAGAGGAGAAAGUUGGUUCAGUGGCCUAUAAACUGAAGUUGCCAGCAGGCACUAGACUACACCCUGUGUUUCAUGUUUCACUACUUAAGAAGAAACUUGGACUGGUGCAAGGGGGUUCUACUAAGCUACCAGAAUUCGACACACAGGAUCAAUGUCCAUUACAGCCAGAGGCAAUCCUGCGCAGAAGAGUCAUUUUGAGGAAUGGACAACCUGUCAUUCAGUUCCUGAUUAAAUAGAAUCAACUGGAGCCUGAGGAAGCUUCUUGGGAGGACAGGUCUUUCAUUGAACGACAAUUUCCUGCAUUCCAGACUUGAGGACAAGUCUAUUUUUAAGAGGAAGGGAUUGUCAGGCUGCAAAUUGUAGGGACUUAAGCAUAAUAAAGGCUCAAUCUGAGCAUUAGGCUAUUAAUUCAAUAGAUUAGUAAAAACGAUGUUGUUUUGGGCUUACUUAAGCACUAGCAAACGAUGUCGUUUCAUUUAAUGAGUCCAUUAGUUAGGUAAUUCGGUUGUUAACCAUUUGACACAAGUUGUUAGGAUUGGUUAUAUAAGCGGGGCCCACAUGAUUGAAGAAUAACAGAAAUAUACGUUCAUUGGUUCCA